AUGGAAAGAUCAUUUGCUUCUCACCCGUCAGCCGGCAGAAACACCAGAACGUUUUCGGGCCAACCCCACUCUGCAAACUAUGGAUUUUCCGGAAGCCCAGUUCCCUCAGUAUCGCAUUAUGGAAAGACAGGGACUCACCACAAUGAUGUGACAAGACGUAUUGAGAGAGAAGUUUGGCAUAUACUUCAAUGGAACAACCCUGUCAGAUCAGGAGCUUAUCUUGGCUUGAUUCUUGGCACCCUGGUUUUGAUUGGAUCCUACUCUCCACUUCAGAUUUGUUCUGCUAUCUUGACUGUAUUGGUGGGAUUAAACCUGCUCUAUGUAUCUCUCACCACCCAGACUCACCGGGUUUUUUCCAACGAUGACAUUGAUUAUACUUCAAGUUUUAAGAUAUUAGAUGUACUUGCCAAGGAACCAAUUGAGAUUGAUAGAUCUCAGGUGAGACACUAUACUAAUCUUCUAGUCGAUGUUACCGAGACCGUUGUUCAUGCACUUUCUCGCAUUGUCCUAAUUGAAGAUAGCACUACAAGCCUCAAGUGGUUGGCUAUAUCCUACUUGACUUGGGUGAUUUCUGGUCAUGUUUCUAGCCGUGUCUUGGCCAUCAUGUUUGUCAUUUCUGCCUUUUCUUUCCCUCGUCUGUACAUGUCCAACAAAGACGUGCUAGAUGCUCGCAUUAACCAAGGAGAGACAUUGCUAAAGCAAAGCAUCAACCAAUCCCAGGCUGCUGCCACAGAAAGUGUUCACAACGUGGUUGACAAGGCUAAACACAUUGUAGGCUUGGUAAAUGAGCCUGACACAACCAAGACAGAUCUAAAGAACACAAAAAGACAUACUACUGUAGUCGCAAAAUAA